AUGUACUCCAUCAUGCAACACAGAUAAAAUGUGCUCUGCGCCUCUACCCACUCCUUCACUGUAGCGACUUUUCUGUGAACAUUUAAGCAAUUCUUACAAGCCACCGCGUCUCACUCUCAACGUUUUGUCAUGACUUUGCUGAACAAGAAGGCCAAUCAAAAUGAUCGAAUCAGCGACUUACCAAGUAAUGUCAUUGAUGUCAUCCUAGCAAGCUUGAGAAUCCGAAACCAAGUUAGAACUAGUAUUUUGUCUAAAAAGUGGAGGUAUAUGUGGACUUCAGUCCCUCAAAUUUGUUUUGACAGCGACUUUUCUAUGUGGUAUUCGUAUCUUGAUGACCCUUACCCUGAAGCUCAUAAAAUCAUCAUGGAUGUUCUUAUGCUCCACAAUGGGCCAAUACACAAGUUUUCUGUUGACUUAUCUGGAGACUUCAAAUUUGAUAUCUCAAUGGAAAAACUCAAUAUGUUGAUCCCUUUUAUGUCAAAGGACAUUAAACAUCUCGAGCUUUUGACCUACUGUAUUCCUGAAGAUGAAAAUAAAACAAUGCCGGAUAUUCUCUUCUCUUGUAAGGAAUUGACUUCAAAUUUAGCUCAUUUAACUUGUCAAUUCCACAUAAUUUCUGCGUCUUUAAAAAGUUGCUUGAACUUCACUUAGUUAGAAUUGUAGUCAAGUCUAGUGUAUUAGAGAGUUUUAUGUCUGGUUGUCCAGUUCUUGAAAAGCUCACCAUUGAUGAAUGUAUUGGUUGUGAUCAUCUUGUCAUAUCUUCUCCUUCUCUCAAAGUCUUGGCGCUUGAAAUGUGCGAAACAAUGUCAAUUUGUCUCAAGAAAGCAAAUAAUCUGAUUGAUUUUACACUUGAGGGAUAUCAGGGCAGAUGUUUUAUCAAAAGUUUGCCAAAAAUUAAGAGGUUUUCUGUGGAAAGAUGCAUAAAGUAUCCAUAUGCUGAUAUUCCUACCACGCUGCUAGCAAGUUCAUUCAGCUCUUUAGAGUAUUUGAAAUUGGAUCAAUUCAAUUUGAAUGAUAAAGAAGACAUUUUGUAUUUUGUCAAUGUUCUAAAAAGUGCUCCUAGGUUGAUUGAACUUGUUAUUAAACAGAGAUUAAAAGAUGUUGAUGCCACACAAGUGUCGGACCUUUCAAAGGAGUUAGAAAGCCAUAGCUGUUGCCUUAAACUUAAGAUAGUGAAAGUCUACACUAGAGCUUGCUCUCAGCAUGCAAUGAGUUUGAUAAUGUCCAUACUUGCAAAUUCUCCUUUGUUAAAGAUUCUUACUGUAUGCAGAUAUGAUAAAUUAGAUGCACGUAUGUUGUUAAAAAUUUCACAAAACUUGUUAUGGAUGAAAAGAGCAUCACCAGGAGCACAGGUUAAUUUCAUUCACUCUACUUAUGGACACUAUUGAUUUCUGCCAUCCAUCAUGCCUCGAAUCCAACUGCCUUGAAAUUUUAAAAGGGAGAAAAUAAAAGUAAGAAAACCGUAUUGAAAAGAAACCGAUGGUGGAGAUUGCAGCUGAACAAACUGCACGAGAGAAACAACAAAAGGAGAGAAUAUGGAUCCCUUAUGAUAAGGGAAUGAGAGUAUUUGGGGGAUGUGGUGACAGUGGAUGCAUUGUAUGCUGGCUUGGCUGACUUUAGUAGUCAAAUUGUGUUUGGGAUAUUUUUUUUUUAUGGUUUGUAAUAGUUUUUGAAUCAGGAGAAAUGUUAACUUUCUAUUUUGGUUGUUUAUUGGCUGAUUUUAGAAUUUCGGAUGAUGAUGAUUCAUGAAUGU